AUGGCGAAAGCGGAGCCCCCGAGCACUUCAAAGGACUCGCAGGAGCUCCAGAGGAAGCUGUCUCUGCUGAGAGCGUCUGUCCAGAGUAACUCCAAGGUGGUUUCGUUUAUGAGGUCUCCCGCGGGCCAGGACUGGCAUCCGUUUCUGACCCUCACCUUGCUGGCAUCUGUUGCAGUGUCAGCCGUUCCUGUCGGCUUCCUCCUGCUUCUCCUGGUGCUGACCUCCCUGGCUGCUUCUGCGGGAGUCUCAUUACCGGAAGGCUAUUGCCACAACACAGCUCCAGCGGUGACUGUCCGCUGGCCGUGA